CUUCGCUUUGGAGAAGAGGGGGUGCUGAGGGGUUGUUUUAGGGAGGUGUCCUCUCUGCCUGCCUGCUUCUUUCCUGUGCUCCUGUCCACAUCUGUGUUUCUGAAGGUUGGUUUGUGUCUGUCAGCUGGUGCGUUUCUUCCCCGGCCUGUCCCCAGGUCCUUGCUUGCUAGUAGUUUGUCCCCCCUCCCCCCUUUUUUUCUUUUAAACAUUUAUUUAUACUGUGUGGGGGUCGCACAUGGGAAGUCAGGGAACAACUUGCUGGGGUCCGUUCAUCCUUCCACCAUGAGAGUGCCAGGGAUCUUAAAGUCAGAUGGUCAGGCCUGGCAGCGAGUGCCUGUCACUGUGCCCCUUCUAAUGUUUUAUGUAUUUAUGGGGGAAAGACGCAUACAGUGCUGUGUGUAUGGAAGUCAGAGGACAGUUCUGGGAAUUGUUUCUUUCCAUUCAUCCUAUGGGUCCUGCACAUGGAACCAGGGUGUUAGACCUUGUCUGUAAGUGUCUUAACUCACUGAGCCAACACUAACUAUAUUUUCACUUUUAUGUGCACUGGUGUUUCGUAUGCAUGUACAUCUGUGUGAAGGUGUCGGAUCUUGGAGUUAUGGACAUUUGUGAGCUGCCAUGUGGGUGCUGGGAUUAUGAACCCAGGUCCUCUGGAAGAGCAGUCAGUGCUCUUUAACCGCUGAGCCAUCUCUCCAGCCCCUCGUUUGUUUCUGCCUUUGUUGUUAUUGUUGUUGCUGAGUUUCUGUUGUUUAUUUGAAACAGGGUCUUGCUAUGUAGCUGGAGCUCUCAAAUUCUGGAGCGCUAAAUUCUGAGGCCAGGACUGUGUGUCUAUUGGUGGUUUAAGGCUUGGGUAGGAUUCUGUGCUUGAAUACUCUGAGAGUUUGUGUGCGGUUUUGUGGGUGUUGGUUUUGUGGGUGUUGGUUUUGUUUGCUCACUUGAAGAUAGGGCCUACCAAGCAGCCUAAUUUACUUUAACCUACAGUCCUCCUGUCUCUCUAGCUGCUAUACCUGUGUAUGGGUUGUUGUUUUGUUUUUGUUUUUUGAAACAGUGUCUCUCUGACCUGGAACUCCCUAUGUAGGCCACAAACUCACAGAGAUCCUCCUGCCUCUGUCUCCUGAAUCCUGUGAUUAAAGCCAUGGGCCACCAUGCUUGGCUUGUAUAUGAAAUCAUAUGUAUCCAUCUCUGCCUUCCUGCUACUUGGCUGUUGUGUUCCUGGGGAGACAAACACACUUCUCUACUCAUCCCAGAUGGAGAGCCAUGACAGAUGAAAGUACGGAUACCACCAAAAUCCAGCUUGGCGAACCAAUUUUUAUUGGGGUUACCUACAGGAGUAUUGAUAAGGGGUUGCUUACAGCAGAGGCAGAAAUGACUCAAAGACAGCUGUGUCACCAAAGCCCACCCCUGUGUGGGUGAGAGUUCACAGAAGCUGGGGACCUGCAGCACUCUGCACAACCUGCCUGCAGCUCAACAGGUUGGAGAGAGCCCAACCAAGUGCCUUAGUUGGCCUAAACCUCUCCCAGGCAGCUCAGCUGGUUUCUUCAGGGAGCUGGUUUGUUCUCAGGGUCUUUGCAGCUUAGCUUUAUUUGGUCUGAGUUUUAUUGUUUACUCUGGCAGGGAAGUGUCUAGUGAAUCCGGUCAGUUUCAGGGAGUUUUUUUGUUUGUUUGUUUGUUUUUUAACGUAUUUAUUAUGUAUACCAUACCUUGUUUUUCUUACAUGUAUGCUUCAGGCCAGAGGAGGGCACCAGAUCUCAUGUAGAUGGUUUUGAGCCACCGUGUGGUUGCUGGGAAUUGAAUUCAGGAUCUCUGGAAGAGCAGCCAGUGCUCUUAACCUCUGAGCCGUAUCUCCAGCCCCCUUGAGGGAGUUCGUAAAGCUAAUUUUUGGUUGUUCACCUGUAGUGAGAAUUCUGGAAUUUUGGUUCCUUUAAAUAACACAGAAGUAUUAUUACAAGAAAGUAUUUUCAUUUUCAUCCCAGGUGUGGGGAUGUGGGCCACUUUGAACUGACCACAGCAGCUAUGAUUUGCCUUGUGCUCUAGCAGAGGCAUGGUUUUGCCAUCUAUAGAUAGUUUUGGCAAUUGUGUAAUGUUUGGAAUUCUGGAAACUUUUCAGAGGGUAAAUGCUAGCACCCCAGUAGAUUUGGUCGGUUGUGGUUUGUUAGUAGUCAUGCUCAAAGAAAAAUCAAAAGGAAAGAAAUUAUAUUCGAAGCUGGGCACACUCUGUAAUCCCAGCACUCAGGGAGGCAGAGGCAGGCGAUCUCUGUGAGUUUGAGGCCAGCCUGGUCUACAAAGCCAGUCCAGGACAGCCAAGGCUACCCAGAGAAACCCUGUCUUGAGAAAACAAAACAGAAAAAAGAAAGAAGAAAGAAGAUUCUGGGGAUUCACGAAUCUCUCUCCUCCAUCUUUCUUUUUCUCCCAUCUAGUGAUAGUGGGUGAAACCAGGGGAUAAAGGGUGGGAAGAAAAUAAAAAGAACCCACAAAGUAGCAAAGACCAGCCAGCGACAUUCAGCUCCCUGUUUAAGAAGCUCCCUGGCAGCAUGGAGUAUUAACUGUUAACACAACUGUGCAUGGAGUUUUGUGUAUGUCAUUGUAAGAGACUGACUUUGUCUCUUUGUAAGGCCGAUGUGUGUACAAAGAGACCGCUGUGCAUUUGUGGGAUAGCUUCUUGAAAAGUGUGUGGAAGCAAGACUCUUGUGUCUGUGUGAGUGUGUGUGUGUGUGUGUGUGUGUACAGCUGUGUGUUGUGGUAGAGGGGCAUUCCAGUAACCAGAGCAAGCACAGUUCAGCUUCUACCCUCCUCCACCUGCAGAGCAGUCUGCCUUAGAACCCCUACCAUUGUCUAGCCUUGGGCACCCUGGGUUGCAGUGGCAAUGAAUGAAACCCCACCCCUUCACCCUGAAAGCCGCACAGGUUUUGCUUCUGGUGGACCACUAAUAGUGGUCCACCCCGAUGCUCCACCUCUUGGGAACCCAAGCUGAAGGUGCCUUGGAGGCCGGCAUCCUUGGCUGUUCCAGGUUAGGAAGAAGAGCGGGCUUUUUCCGCCUGGCUCCUGAUUUCUCAUCAGCACUGGAGGAUCUGCUGCUGCCCACACACUGCCCGACUUCGGAGCUAGAGGGUGAGGCCUCUAGAAGAGUUCCACAGAGUCAAGAGGCUGUGUGGUACAGAUCUUCAUGAGCCGGUACCAGGCUGCCCUGCUGGGUCUAGGCCUGGUACUCAUGCUCCUACUGUAUGUGGGGCUGCCUGGCCCACCUGAGCAGACUUCCCAGCUCUGGAGAGGUCCCAAUGUCACAGUCCUGGCUGGUCUCACCAGAGGCAACUCUCAAAUUUUUUACCGUGAGGCGCUGCCAAUCCAGCAGACACAUAGGCCACAAGUCGUGUUUCUCCAUGGAAAGGCAUUUAGUUCCCACACAUGGGAGCAGCUGGGCACGCUGCAGCUACUGUCAAAGAGGGGUUACCGGGCUGUGGCCAUUGACCUUCCAGGUUUUGGGAACUCAGCACCUUCAAAGGAGACAAGCACAGAGGCGGGUCGAGCGGAGCUGCUGGAGCGAGUGCUGCGGGACCUAGCGGUGCGGAAUGCUGUACUGGUGAGCCCCUCGCUGAGUGGCAGCUAUGCCCUACCCUUCUUGAUGCGAAGCCAGCACCGGCUACGUGGAUUUGUGCCCAUUGCACCCACCUCCACCCGGAAUUACACACAGGAACAAUUCUGGGCCGUGAAGACACCAACUCUUAUCAUCUAUGGGGAAUUGGACCACACCUUGGCCCCAGAGUCACUUCGGCAGCUUCACCACCUGCCCAACCACUCCGUGGUAAAGCUACACAACGCGGGCCAUGCCUGCUACCUCCACAAGCCGGAAGCCUUCCACCUCGCCCUUCUUGCCUUCCUUGACCAUUUGCCUUGACUGAACUCACUUCCCAGGAAUGCCCUUGAAGGGUCUAGACCAUCUCUUUCCUCUUCCAGGAUGGUAGUCCUUGGCUGGGAUUGGGGAUAGAGGAUCAAGCCUAGCCAGGACUUUUGAUUUCAUUUCACAAGCACAAUAAAGAAAAGCCUCUUUGUCUCUC